AGGUCAGCUCGCUCGCGCAAAAUUAGUUUAGGAGAGAAAAUGGAAGCGGGGAAAUGCCGUGGCUGGGAACUGCAUGACUCGAGAAAAAUUGAUAUUCAUAGGCCUUUUUGCUUGAUCUACAACUUUUCAGUAAUUACGUAGUAUACUGAUAUUUAAUGGUCAUCGGUGGUCAUAAUUAUAACGAGAGGCUUUUCACACACACCUACAUGCAGUGAGAUUGCUCACCUAGGCCAAGACGGGGUGUGACUGAACCCUUGUUGCUCCUUAGUCCAUUGCAGAAGCUGCCCGCAACUCGCUGUACUGAUUAUUUUCACAUUUCAUGCCAUUUCUUCCUCAGUUUGGCAUCAUGGUUCACUGAAAGUGAGCUUGUCUUUUUACAAAGAUGGUCUUGACGAUCAUGCUGCCCAAGGUGCAGGAAGGCGCUAGAAGGAGAAAACCUGCAUUUACAAGAAAAGUAUCAACACUGAAAUCAAAUGACUCCAAAGAUGGAUGUCCCAAUCCAUCAGAUUCAGCUGUUAUUAUGCCUGUAAGGAAGCCACACAUGACCCGACGAAUUGUGUCUUCAGAAAGUGAUUCAUCAGAGUCUAUACCAGACCCCUUCAUCAACCAACCCUCCCAAUCCCGUACUCCCAUCGAAAAGACCAAGAAAGAGAAAACAAGGAUAGGAGGCUCUGUUUCAAAUAGUGACUCCAAAAAGAACAACUUUGUGCGCCUCAACGGCUCGACUGAAUCGUCCGAUUUUAGAAGCAAAAGGGCGAUCAAUGCCCUGACGGGAGUCAAUAACGGCUUUGUGUAUCAACUGAUAAAAAAGAAGGAGGAGAAUUCUGAGGAGGGGGAAAGCGAUUGCUCCAAGGAUGCUGUCAAGAAGUGCAAUGGAUCUUUGGUAGACAGUACAUUCAAUGAAGAAAUACCAGAAGGUACAGUCAUUGUACAGCCAGAGGCAGCCUCAGAUGGAGAGGAAGACUGGUACAAGAGCAAAGAAUUUAGAAAACAGUUUCCCCGAGAGCGGAGAGAAAGAAGAGAUGCUAACAAUCAGAAUGCUCCUCAAACCAUAGAAUCUGUGUUUUGUACGGCAUGCACAACCCAGGUCAACCCAUUUGACAAAAGGACUUUCUGCUCUCAUCCAAUUCUGAGUGUUGUAUUUUGUAAGGGGUGUAUGGAAUUCUACAACAGUGGUCCCUGGAAGACGGAUGAAGACGGCAUUGAAGAGGAAUGUCGGUGGUGUGGGCAAGGCGGUUCCCUUUCUUGCUGCGAUUUCUGCUGCAAGACAUUCUGCAAGCGUUGCAUCAUGCGCAACCUGGGAAGAGCAGAAUGGAAUCGUACAUUAUCAAAGAAGAAGUGGAAGUGCUACGUAUGUGACCCUUCACCCAUCCGAGAACUUGUAGCCAAAUGCAGUGCUCUCCUUUUACAUCCAGUUAAAACCGACAAGAAGGAGAAAGAGAAGGCAAAUGUUCUUGUACAGAAGAAGGUGGCUAAAGCACCAAAGAAUGAGAAGAAGGAAAAGGAGAAGUUGAAAAUGCAUGAUGCAGCCAUCGCUGAGGAAUUUCUUCAGUAUCUUGUCGGGAACAUCACUAAUAGGGCACUCUUCAUGAGGAGCCUGGUGCGAUUGAAGAAGGAGGUGCCUGACAUGCAAAGGCUGCAGAUGAAUCUCUCCCUAAAGCACAUAGCUGAAGUCAAGUCCGUCCUUGGAGAGUUUCAAGCUUGCGUGAAGAGGCAGCUCCAUGGUGAUAUCCACAAGAGUGAUUCUGCCCUUGAUGGAACGGAUCCAGAGGACUGCGAUAGCCCUGAGAGGAGAUCAAAGUCCCAAAUGGAAGGGAUAGUGAUUAAGACUGAGAAGAAGGAGGUAGUGACUGGGCAGAAAGGCACAGCCAUGGAGGAAAAGGGGAGUGCAAUGGAUACAACAGCUGGUCAUGGUGUCAAAGAUGCUGAUAUCCCACUAAUGGAUUCUAGUGCUGGUGGUGUUAAUGAAUGUGAAAACGUGGAUGAGUCCAUGGACACGGGAGAAACAAAUGAGAAUGUAUCCUCAAAGGGAGAAAGUGAACAGAAAGAGAAUGAUGUGAAAAUUAGUCAAAAUAGCCCCAUAGCUGAUGUUGAAAUGGAUGGAAAUGAUGGCGAUGAUGAGGACUAUGAAGAUAAAGAAAGCAGUGAAGAUUCUUCAAAUGAUAAAGAACUGAUAGGAAAGGAGCAGGCCAAAACUAGUUCGAACAAGGAGAGUAAACCUGAUCCUGUAAAUGAGAAACAAACAGGGGCUACUCCUGAUAAAACGAAAAUGGACGUUCAAGAAAAUACUGGUUGUGCCCAGUGUGAGGACUCUGAUUGUCCUUCAAGCCAACAUAGUGUACGUAAAAUGAAAGUAACUCCUGUAUCUCCUAGAACAAGGAAAGAAUCACAAGCUGAGGAUGAAGAAGCUAAACUGAUGUCUAUGAUCAAUGAAUCUAAUGAUGAAUCAAGUGACGAGAGUGAUGGAUCAGAGUAUAGUCCUAAGAAAUCAACUAGGUCUCCUAAGAAAUCUCCCGCAAAAGCAAGGAAUAGGCUAUCUAGGAAAUUCUCCAAGGCUGUAAAGAAAGAGCCUGUCUCUAGUGAUGACUCUGAUCACCACCAGAUAGCUAAACAAAGAGAAGGACCUGGAGAGGACUCUAGUAAUCCCGAAGAACAGUCUGGGUUUGAUGGAAUUCCUGGUGGAGAAUCUUCAGUAGCCUCUCAGGACGAGGAAGUGGAGAACGGAGAAGUUCAGAAAAAGAAGGACUCAUCUGCUGUUACUAGAAAAAGCAAGCAUAGUUCUGAAUCAAGUAAAAGUGAAUCCUCUGAGGACAUUUCUGAGAGUAAUUCUGUGAACAAUGAUCGUAAUACCAAAUCUCGUAGAAAAAGACGAAGCAGGAAAAAGAAGAAAUGUGAACCACAAAAGAUGGACUCAGCUUCCGAGGAAGAAAUGGAAUUGAAGAGACUUGAGGGCAUUAAAGGUUUGAAAAGAAAACGUGACCGUGUCAGUGAUAGCGAUGGUGAAUCUGAGGAUGUACCUGAAGCCCAAGAUAAGCCUGAAGAUAUCAAAGCAGAGGGUGUUGUGAAUGAGAAGGAAAAAUCUGAUGUUGAGAAGGAGUCUGAAUCAGAUGAAGCUCCACCCAAGAAAGCAAAGAAGGUCCGAAAAUCUCCUGCAAAGAUAGACCCCAAGAGCAGGGAAGUUCUUAGCACUGAUACUUCCUCCGAUGAUGAUGAGAGCGAGAGUGAUGACUGUUCUGGACUGCGAUGGAAGAGUCUCAACAAGAAAAGUAAGAAGAAGGGUAGUAGCCUGGAUAUGGCAGAAACUCUUCUGAUGGAUGAGUUAGAUGGUGAUGAUGAGGAUGAAGAUGAUGAUGAGGAGGAUGAUGAUGAAGAAGUAGAUGGUGCUGGAUCCAAAAGAAGUAAGAAGAAGGCUCAAAAGAAGGCAGAAGAAGAAGAGCCUGAAGAAGAAGAUGAAGACUGGGAUACCAAUGAAAGUAGACAGAAUGGAACUGGUGGUGGUGGUGGAGAUGGGGAUGGCAAGAAAGGAGGAGAUGAUAAGAAGAAGAAUAAGAAGGGAAAGGACAAAGAUGAUGAGGAGGAUGAAGAAGAAGAGAAGGAGAAUUUUGAAGAAAAUGGAGAAGAAGAAAAUGGUGAAGACGAUGAAACUUUAGAGGACGAAUCUGAAGAAGAAGGUACCAAGAAAUCACAUCCCUUGCUUCGUGUCCAGAUCUCUACAUCCAGCGAGGAUGAAAAAGACGAGGAUAUAUCAAAGAAGAAAAAGAAAGGCACAAAGGGGAAAGCUGCUCCAAAGAAACGUGGCAAAGCGACAAAAAAGAAGAGGAGGAAAGAGAUUGACACUGAUGAUUUCGUCUCAUCAUCAGAAUCAGAUGAUGUUUCUGAUGAGAAGCCAAAGAGGAAAAGAGUGACAAGAUCCCAGACUGCAACCUCGACAGAAGACUCCGCUGACGAUCUCAAGAGACCCAAAAAGAGGAGGGCCAAGAAGGAGGAUCCUGGUACCAGCUCUGAUGCAGACUCCAAUAAAGAAUCUAAGCCAAAGAAAAGGGGAGGCAAAGGGAAGAAGAGGAGGAGGAUAAAAGUUGCUUCUGAUUCAGACACGGAAGGAGGUGAAUCCAAGACACAAGAUGAGAGUCAAGAAGAGAAAAAGGGCUCUGAUGGUUCGAGUGGGGAUGAGAACGACAGUCCAAGUAAGAAAGGACGUAAGACAAUUAGACGGGUGCUGAAGAAGAGUAAGCUUCAAGCUGAGACUCUAGCAGCUGAAAUGGAAGAACAGGAGAGACGAAAAAGAAUUGAAGAGAAGAGGAAAGAGAUCAUCAAUGAGGAGGAAGAGAAAGCAGAGAAGAGUGCUGUUGUCAAGACCUGCAUUCUAGAGAAAGACAAAGAAUCUGAUGAUGUGGUGUUGGAGGUGGAUGAACGCAUCGUGGCGCAUCUGAAACCUCACCAAGCUGAAGGUAUCCAGUUCAUAUUUGACAGCACCUUUGAAUCUGUCUCUAAAGCCGAAGAGAAAGGAGGAGGAUGCAUCCUGGCUCACUGUAUGGGAUUGGGUAAAACACUACAGGUUAUCUCCUACCUUCACACUAUAAUGACCAAUGAUGACUUAGAUGUGAAGACAUGUCUUGUGGUAGCACCUCUGAAUACUGUACUCAACUGGGAAGAUGAAUUUGAGAAGUGGAUUGGAGAUAUGGACAGUGGUAUUAAUGUAUAUGAGAUGAGUGCAGUGAAGAACAAUGCUAGCAGAGCUGAUUAUCUUGAUCAUUGGCACAAGAAGGGUGGUGUAAUGAUCAUGGGCUAUGCCAUGUACAGGAAUCUAUCUCUUCUUACUCAUAUACGCAAGAAAAAAUUGAAGGCAGUCUUCCUGAAAACUCUUGUAGAUCCAGGUCCAGAUAUAGUAGUAUGUGAUGAAGGUCACAUGUUGAAGAAUGAGAGUUCAGCUAUCUCCAAGGCAAUGAACAACAUCAAGACACUGAGAAGGAUAUGCUUGACUGGCACACCGCUGCAGAACAACCUUAUAGAAUAUCACUGCAUGGUUCACUUUGUGAAGCCAAACUUGCUUGGUACAAUGAGGGAGUUUAAGAAUCGCUUUGUGAAUCCAAUAACCAAUGGACAGCACAGUGAUUCUACUGCUAGAGAUGUCAAGAUUAUGAAGAGGAGAGCUCAUGUACUUCACAAUCUUCUUUCAGGCUGUGUACAGAGGAAAGACUACACCGCCCUCACCAAGUUCUUGCCGCCCAAACACGAGUUUGUGAUAAAUGUGAGGUUAUCUGAAGUCCAGAUAAAGCUGUAUGAACACUACCUGAACACGCUGUCUGGACGUAAGGAUGACGGUACCAAGACUCAAUGUACCAGUCUCUUUGCUGAUUACCAGUCUCUUAUGAAUGUAUGGACCCAUCCAAGGCUUCUACAACUUGCAACACAGAGAGAAGAUAGAAAUGCUGCUAAACGAGAGAUGGAUGAUUUUGUCACUUCCGAGGAGGAGGAGGAUGAUGAUGACAGUAUGAAGGCAUUUGUUAUCUCAUCAGACAGUGACCUGGAAGACCCCUGGAAGUCAUCUAAGAAGAGAGCUGAUAAGUCAAGCAGCAAUUCUCCUCGACCAAGAUCAUCACGUCGUGGGCAAAAUAACAGUGAUAGUGAUGAUGAUAUCAGUGGAGAGGACAAAAACGAUGGAAAUAACUCGGACAGUAGUGUGGAAGUAGUCAAGUCUUGGAACACGAGGAGCAGGGCCAAGGAGGUUGGACUAUCAGAAGGGGCAUCUACGUCUGCAGCUGAAGUAUACAUCCCCCCAGAACCUGAGAAGGUCACUAAGUGGUACUCUGAGUUUUUCUCUGAGGACGAUGCCUUCAAGGUGGAAUUUAGUGGAAAGCUGGUCCUUCUCUUUGAGAUUCUCAAGAUGGCCGAGAGUGUGGGAGAGAAAGUUCUUGUGUUCAGUCAGAGUCUUCUAUCUCUUGAUAUGAUUGAAGACAUGUUGGCUCAUCUAGAUGAAAAAGCACAGGAGGAACGAGCUGAUGGAGAACAAGAUUUAGAAAACCAGAUUGGAGGAACUGGAUCUUGGAUCAAAGGAGAGGAUUAUUUUAGAAUGGAUGGCUCCACUGCUGCUCAUCUGAGAAGAAGAUGGUCGGAGAUCUUUAAUGAUCUUGACAAUAUACGAGCACGUCUAUUCCUGAUCUCAACCCGAGCUGGAUCCCUAGGAACCAAUCUCAUUGCAGCUAAUCGUGUAAUCAUCUUUGAUGCCAACUGGAAUCCUAGCCAUGACAUUCAGUCUAUAUUCAGAGUGUACCGUUUUGGUCAAGAGAGGGCAGUCUUCAUCUAUAGGUUUAUCGCACAGGGUACAAUGGAGGAGAAGAUCUAUGACAGACAGGUUAUUAAGCAGUCACUAUCACAGAGAGUAGUUGAUGAACACCAGAUUGAACGUCACUUCACAUCUGCUGAUCUCUCAGAGCUCUAUAACUUCACACCAGACAGACUAGAUGACCCCAACAGACCUGAAAGACCCACUCCUGUUCUACCUAAGGAUUAUUUCCUGGCAGAACUACUCAAGACGCAGAGCAAGUGGAUAGUGAAAUAUCACGAGCAUGAUUCAUUAUUGGAGAACCAGAUGGAAGAAGAACUGACAGAGGAGGAGAGGAAGGAGGCAUGGAACGAUUACGAUGCUGAGAAGAACAGACAGUUUAACAUGCCCCCACCAAGGCAAAUCGAUCCACAAGAUAUGGAGAGAUUCUACCAAGAGGGACAGUCUAUUUUGCGCAUGGGUGAGAUGGCAUUGAACUAUCAAGGUCAACCUGGUAUGCCGCCCAUGGUAGGAGCCAGCGGUAGUGCACCACAGGCAUCUACUAUGCAGCGCCUACUGGAGAUGCAGAGUAUGUAUCGAGCACAAAUUCAGCAACAGCAACGGCAGCAACAGAUGCAGCGGGAGCAGCAACAGCUUCAACGACUGCUCAUGCUGCAACAAGCAAGAGAAUUGCCCAACUCUGCCAGCAGCUCCGCCAGCAUGCAACAACUGCAGAGGAUUGCUCUCUUGCAGCAACAGCAGCAGCAACAGCGGUUGCAAGAACAAAUGCAACGGGAACGGUUCCUCAGUCAAAAUCAAGCGAAUUCCAGGGCAUCGUCUUCUGAAGGAAAAGCCCCUUGAAGACCCCUAGAGACUGAUACUAGCCAAGUCAUGCUGAUCUUUCUCUCCAUUUUUUUCAUAGAUGAACAGUAUUUGUUGUUAGUUGUAAUGAGACAUAUUAUAGUGAUGGGUGUUUGUAUAGAAAGUGAGCCACAUACUUAUUACACCGUAAUUCAUAAAGACUAAUCCAAUGUAUUUAUGUAAUUCAGUCAUGGGAAAACAGCUCUUGUACAUAAAUAUGACUGAUUAUUGAAGUGCUAAUUACAAUCAGAUUAUAGAUUGACAUAUGGGAAACUAAAUUGUCAGUAUUCAAGAGAAUGAGAUACUGAUAGGUAAUUAAUCAAAGUAGUGAGUGAUGCAGAUUCUUCUACAUGAGGCAAAGUAUAAAAUGUCAACAUGAGUUUUCAUUGUUUAGAUAUAUUCAUCUUAAAAAAGUACUUAUUUUUGCAGAUGGGUAAAAUAUUUGUAUACUUGCACUGCCUUUUAGAUAUGAUGAUUGUGUUCUAUUCUAUGGCACCCGAGCCUGACUCUAAAACCACGUAAAGUAACAACACAUGAUUACUCUGACUUAUAAAGACACACCAGAAGAAGCAGCACUGUUUUUGGAUUUAAAGGAAUUCAUCCAUGGAGUUAACCAUUGAUUGACAAUUAAUACACAUCUCGAAAUUAAUAUAGUACUAGGGAUGUGUUUGUGAACCCCACCCUGAUCCUUAGGAAGUAUUUCAAUUUUCAAUCGACUUGAUAAUGAAUUGCGUUUGAAAUAAAGAUAGAUGAUGAUGUUCGGUGAAUCUUAGGGGGCUUUGCACAAAACUUUGAAUUAAUUAUAAUUCUUGUAAUUAAUUGUAAAUUUGCAAUGGAUUGCUGGUGUGAUACUUGCAUUAACUCGUAUAAAUUGGUUUGCUGUACUUAAAAUUGAACUAUCACUUGUAUAUUGCAACUGAGUUUUAAAAUCGAUUGCAAAUAUUUUUUGUGCAACAUCUCCUUAGUCUUACCAGAAGAAAUGCAUUCCAUUGCUCCCAUAGAUGACUAAGUCAUGUUGUAAAUUUUCCCCCAAGAAAUGUUUUUGAUAAACUAUUUUGAACUAACUUCACAAAAGCUUAAACCAUGGAUCCGUUAAAUGGCCGAGUUGAAAUGUGUUGUCGGAAGGACUAUUAAAACCUUGUAUCUCAUAAUUAAAAUAUUUGACAGCAGCUCAGAUAAAGCUGUAUUUCAGAGUUAUGACAUAAAUGGCAACAUUCUUUUGCCUAAAAAAGAGUUCUCUGCAGGAAUUAUGAAACUGUUUACAGAAAAUAUGAGGUAGCCACCAUUGCUAUAAUUAUAUUAGAAAUAGAGCUUUUUUUCUGAGCUGCCCUCAAAAUUUGACGAUAUUGUUAAAGAUUACAUGUUUCCCAUGGCCUUUUUUUAUAAAGUGCUCUCUUUCUUCCAAGGUCCUAUGCUGUUAAGACGGUUCAUAUAAAAAGUAGAAUUAAAUCCUAAUAUUAAAAUCCAUUCAGCACUCUUGAGAUUUUUCAUUAUCGGGGUUUCAUAUUGCUAUCUAUAGUAUCUUAUCACAUUGUAGAUUUUGUGCAAUUUCUGUAUUCCUUUUUUACAAGUUUAUUCAAAUCUAGCUCUUUUUCUUGUAGCUAUUGAAGCUGCUAAUUUUGAUGCAAGAACACUGUCUAUUGAAGAAUAUACCAACAACCUUGCUCAUUUAUGCUUGUUCUAGGCAAUGAUUAUAACAUGGUUGUGAGAAUCAAAAUCAAUCCAUGACUUGGAAUUGUAAUGAAUACUCCUUUGUAAUGAUGCUGUGGAUAUAUUUUAUAUUACUAAGUGGCUUUUGAAUGUAGACAUUCCUAUUGAUUACCUAGUAAUUAUUUGUAGUAGGUGCUGAUAUCAAAUGUUGAAUACACAGUGCAUUGUAUUAUUUAUAACUCAUUGUUCAGGCAUGUGAAUGAUUGUGAACAUGAUACUAAUAUUUGGUUGUAAUUCGCAAAGGUUUGUCUUGAAAUCGUCAGAAGCAAAACGCAAAAGCUUAAAUUAGUAUGUAUUCCGUUUGUGCAUUUAUAGACAGAGACCUGAGCUGAAUGCGCAUUGUAUUAUAAACAAUUCUUUGUGAAUUUCACUUAUUAGUUUAUCUUUGUUAAAAGCCCCAUAAUUCUCUACUUCUUCUAGUUUUCUAAAUCAUCAUUCUCGUUCAUGUUGACUAGACUUUAAAGCAAACUUUUUUCUUUUUUUUCUUACCGAAGUGCUGAAUUCAGCUCAUCUGUGAAGCAAUAGGUACAGGGUCUAAGUGAGGCCAGAUCAGAUUCUAUGUCAUGGUUAUAGUCAUAUUUGGGGGUAUGGGUCAAGUCAGUGUCUAGUUCUAAGUUUUGGUCAAGUCCUGGGGCCCGUAGCACAAAGCUUAGCAAUUAUUGUAGAACAUUUUUCUAUGAUUGAUUGCAUUGACUAUAAUGUGCAAUCAAUCAUGAAAAUCAAUGGUCGGAUUAAUCGCUAACCUUUGUUUACCCUGGUCUCGGUUGAGAUCUGAGUCAUUUUAUAGUCUAGUUACAGGUCCUGGUCUUGGCUGAGUUCUGGGUCAAGUCAGUGUUUAGUUCUAAGUCCUGGUCUUGGUGUAUGUCUGGGUAAAGCUAGUGUCCAUUCCAUUUUCUUGGUCCUGGUUGGGGUCUGGGUAAGUGGAUCUGGGUGCUGUUCAGUUCCUGGGCAAAGUUGAUAUCCAGUUCUAGGUCUUUAUCAGAUAAGUCCAGGUUUGGAUCAACACCAGUUUGGUUGCUUAUUGAUGUAGGCUAUGGUUACCAUGAUGUGAUGUGAUUGAGUCUUCAGCCUAGACCAUUUACUCCCCACCCUGCUCCUAAAUGAUACAUACACUUUAACAAAAUUUGGUGUUCAUAGUGAGUGAAGUCAUUUUGUGACAGUUCUAUUUUCAUGAUUCUGCGAGAAGUUCUGGUAAAUAAGAAGAUGUUUCCUUUUUAACAGAUUGGUCUUCCAAAAAUAUUUUUAGUAAUGAUAGAUGAUUCAGAGAGGAUAAUUUGUUCAUGUUGACAGUUAAUUCACCAUUGUUUAUUUCUUCCUUAUAUGCUGCACUCUUGGCAGUUAAAAUCAAACUUUGAAAGGACGUGUAUUGUCAAAAUGAAUGAACACAAAAUGCAAUAAAAGAAAAACAAAAGAUGCACCUUCAGUAGUUAAAUUAGUCAUGUUGAAAGGAUUAUAAAUUCUAAUUUAAUAUCAAUAAAAUAAGAAAAAAAACUGUUUUUUUUACCAGUCUCUUCAAAUUGAAACAAACUUGCCUUUACUUGGACGGGGGAAAAUUGCUGCUAUUAUACUUGUUCAAUUGAUUUUUUUUGGUCAUAAUCCAAUUCUAUUUUCAAGGAAGCUUUUAACAAAAUUUGACUUUUCUCAGUAUAUUGUCUUAAUUAAACAUGAUGAACCUUGAAUCCAAAUUCAUCUUUUUUUUUUUUUGUGAGCCAUUCACUAGCUUUGGUAUGGUAUGUCAUACAGAUCUGCCAAUGUUGAGUGAUUUGAUGUUCAGAUAAAUGGAAGUCACUUACAGCUGAAGUUAAUCUUAAAAGUUUUGAGCCUAUCAUGAUAUCAGAAAAUUGUUAUUAUCUCAUUUAAAAUUGAUUAAAGCUGUUGAUUCCACCCCUGUAUCUUAAAUGAGGGAAGGUUUCACUAAUUGGAACUUUUAUGUCAUCUUGAAUACAGAAAAUACAUAGCUAUAGAAUAUUUCUGCUCAGUUUAUGUGGUUCAAAUAAAUUAGAACAACUUCCUAGCUUAAUUACCUUGCUUAAUUAAUAAAGCAUAACUUAUGAAGCAGCAAAUAUCUCUUAUAUAAUCCCAUUCUGCAAAGGUUUUUAAAAUGAUUAUGUGUGCUGCCCCCCUUGUGGUGUACAUGUACCAAGAAUGCAUGUAGGCAGUCGGUUGUAUGUAUCGGCUCUUAGCAUAUAUUUCUAUCCCAUCGGAGUGAGUUCAUAUGCAAGGUUUCCAUUAUUGUACAGGGAAACAAGAAAAAAUCCAUAUUAGUCCAGCGAAGAAGUUAAUCGAGAAGCUCAUACUAGUAAAAUGUACAUUAUAUUCAUAUUUUACAUGCGAGAAAGAAUGUCUUUGGCAACCUGAUGUAUGGAUGUGAUGUGCGGAUGUAUAGCAAUUGUGUAGGAUUUGAAUGUUUUAGAUGACCCAUGUGCUGGUCAUGUAUUAACUGUUAACCAGUUUGUGACUUAAUUUAUUUUGUUGUCAUGUUGCUCUAUUGUUUAAAAGGCCUCAUGCAGUAUUUUAAGAAACAACAGUUUUAUGUAAGUUAUGUAUGUCAUAAAAAAAGGCAUUUUAAAUUAAAAGCGUCAACAUUCACUUA